AUCCACUUUUCCCAGACGCCCUCUGAGUCCUCUUGCAUUCUUCCACAUCCAGGGAUCUUCACAUCUUUCAGUGUCCCUACUGUGUCUUGAAUCUGCCCCUUCCUUGUCAGAGUUUUUGCUGAAGCCUCCACCCUUUCACCUCUGCCUGGACAAACACAUUGUAGCUAGCGUGAACUGUGUAACUCACAAAUCUGAUUAUGCCUUCUGCUUAAAAACCUUCAUUGACUCCCAUCACCUACAGAAUUAAGUCCGAACACCGUAGCCUGAUAUUCAAGACUCUUCAUAAAGUCCCUUGUGUCCUAAUCUUCAUGCACCACACACUCCAGGGCUAUCGAGGUUCCCCCCCGUUUCUUGGGGCCAUUCUUUCUUCAAGAACCAACUCAAAUGUUACUUUGUUCAAUUCUCUAAGCAGAUUGGGUCACCCCCUGACCUCCAGCUCCUACAGACCUCUUUUACUGCAUUUACUUCAUUUGAUUGUAACUAUCUGUGACUUUAUUUUAUUUUUGGUCUCUUCUGCUAGACUGUGAGUGUUUCCAGGACAGAACAGUUUCUGAGUCAUUUCCGUUUCCCCAUUGCCCAGUGCAGAGUAGUAAAUACUUGAUGUCAGUCGAGUAAAUCAGUAAAUAUGUGAUGAAUGCGUGAAUAAAGACCAUCCAGGGUGAGCUUUACUCUACCAGGCUUGAAGACUGCUGCUUCCAGUGGGUUUCCAGGGGCAUGAGCUUUCGUAUUCUCUAGCCUGUCAGGGCUGUCUUUGCUCGAAGCUGGUUCACUGCCUAUGGGAGUUUAAGCCAGGGGUGGCAAAUAUUUGGAGUGUGUGCUGUCACUUGCCCUUCCUGUGUCUGGCAGUCGUAGCUAAUUGGUCACAGCACAUAUUCACAUGUGGAGUCGGAGUCCUUAGCGCGGUUGACCGAAGUUGAUGCUUUAAAUGAAACCUAUUUGCUUUCCCUGGUUUAAACCCUUAAGUGUGAGGUCAGGCUGCCUUAAGCAAUAGCCUGGACCUUCAGCUGAGUAAGCUUGACAGCCCAGUUUCUUUCUCUUUGGAGGUCACAGACCAGUCUUGACGUUUCCGGUGGGACUGGGGCAGAUCUUCCCAUCCUACUGGGUGGGCUUCUCAUGUCCACAUCCACACUCACUACCCCAGGAGCCAGGAUGCCCUUCAACUUCCCCAUGUUUGUAAAGGGAUGCUGAUUUUGACAGCAGUUGACACUUAUUCCUUAUUGCUUAGGGGAAUCUGUACCCUUUCUAGGUCUUCCUGGAUAUUAAAAGAAUCCUUUGAGAUCAUUUAGCUGAAAGGUGGCAAAGUGACAGCCUGUGCUGAAUGAAGCCUGCCAUCACACUCUAUUUAAUCCCCAUGGUGUUUGAAACAAUUUUGAGUUGGUGGCCAAUGUUUAAAAAGCCAGAGUUCUAGCUUCUCUUGGAAGGAUUGGAAGGGCCAGUGUUCCUCCGGGUGCUCCCCUUAGCUACAGUCCCCACCCCACUCAUUGACUCAUUUACAUUGCCUGGCCCCUAUAGCCAUUUAAAUUUGUAGCCACUGAUUCUGGUCUCCCUGUCCCUUUGCUUUACUUCCAUCGUACUAAUUGGGGAACCUGGGGCAACUGCAGAGUAGGGUCAAGCUGUAAGCUGCAGUCUGGAUAGGCAGCUGCAGAGGCCACGUGACCUGUCCAAAGUCACACAGCUGAUAAAUGGCAGGAGUGGAACUAGAACCCUGAUCUGCUCGCUCCUGCCUUAAUGUUCUUUCCACUCUCCAUACCAUCAUCUCAGGAGUUUGGAUGACUGGCAGACGUAGAGGAGGCUAGAUGGUGAGGUUAAGAAAAAUAACCAGAGAAAACGAAUCUGGGCUUAGAUCCCAACUCUGCCACUUGCCAGCAGCCUGGGGAGCAUUUCCUCUCCCAGAAGCCCCUUGAAGGACACAUUAUAGAUGCAGGAAGACGUUGGACGAGGACAGCCCAGCUGAAGUGAGGUUCAGGGUAGACCGUGGCCAUGGCCCUGGAAUCCCAGGCCCAGGCCUCUCCCCGACCCGAGCCUGAAGAGCUCCUGAUUGUGAAACUGGAGGAGGACUCCUGGAGAUCAGAAUCCAAUCCCCGGGGGAAGGGCCGUGAGCUUGUCCCUGGCCCUGAGGUCUCCCGCCAGCGCUUCAGGCAAUUCCAGUACAGGGAUGCAGCUGGACCCCACGAGGCCUUCAGCCAGCUCUGGGCACUCUGCUGUCGCUGGCUGAGGCCGGAGAUCCGCCUCAAAGAGCAGAUCCUGGAGCUGCUGGUGCUGGAGCAGUUCCUGACUAUCUUACCCAGGGAGGCCCAGGCCUGGGUGCAGGCACACCACCCGGAGAGUGGCGAGGAGGCGGUGGCCCUGGUGGAGGACUGGCAUCGAGAGGCCCAGGCUGCGGGAGAGCAGGAACUGGAAUUGUGUGCAGAACAGACCAGGUCCUUAAAGGCAAGGCAGGAAUCUCAAAGCUUUCAGCUGCAGCCAGCAGAUCACUGGCCUGAGGGACAGUCCCAGAAGCAGUGGGUGAAGAAUCCAUGCCCUGACUUUCCCAAGCAUCUAGACACCAAGAUGGCACCACAGCCCCUGAGAGAGAGUGCUGUCCUCACUCCCCGAGUCCCUACUCUCCCAAAGAUGGGGAGCGUUGGAGAUUGGGAGGUGACAGCUGAGUCCCAGGAAGCCCUGGGCCCUGGCAGACAUGCUGAGAAGGAGUUCCGCAAGGACCCGCCAGGAGACAGCUGUGGGAACGGCGUGUCCCUGGGAGUUCCAGUUUUAAAACCAAAUACUAUCUCCCAGCGAGAGCAAGGACCAGAAUUUUGGGGUCCAAGCCUUAUAAAUUCUGGGAAAAGGAACACUGCGGAUUACAGCCUGGAUAAUGAACAAACAAAACCAGCUCAGGCCGUGGCCUGGAGGGACUCCAGGGCCUGGGAAGAACAAUGCCAGUGGGAUGUGGAGGACAUGAAGGUGUCAGGUGUGCACUGGGGCUAUGAGGAGACCAAAACUUUCCUGGCAAUUUUGAGUGAGUCUCCUUUCUCUGAAAAGCUCCGGACUUGUCACCAGAACCGCCAGGUAUACCGGGCCAUUGCAGAGCGCUUAAGGGCACGGGGCUUCCUGCGGACACUGGAGCAGUGUCGCUACAGGGUCAAAAACCUCCUACGGAAUUACCGGAAAGCCAAGAGCAGCCACCCACCAGGCACAUGCCCCUUCUAUGAGGAGCUGGAGGCCCUGGUGAGGGCUCGGACAGCCAUCAGAGCUACAGACCACCCAGGAGAGGCUGUGGCACUCCCUAGGCUGGGGGAUAGUGACGCAGAGAUGGAUGAGCAGGAGGAAGGGAGCUGGGAGCCCGAGGAAACGGCAGAAGACUGUAACGGGGAUGACCUGGCCACCGAUGAGUCUGCCCAGAGGCCCAGGAUUCCCGGGGGCCCAGCUCUGUUCCAGAGUCGUAUUGCAGGUGUGCACUGGGGCUACGAGGAGACCAAGGCCUUCCUGACCAUUCUCAGUGAGUCUCCAUUCUCUGAAAAGCUUCGCACCUGUCACCAGAACAGCCAGGUGUACCGGGCCAUUGCAGAGCGGCUGUGUGCACAGGGCUUCCUGCGGACACUGGAGCAGUGUCGCUACAGAUUCAAGAACCUCCUUCGAAGCUACCGGAAAGCCAAGAGUAGCCACCCACCAGGGACAUGCCCCUUCUAUGAGGAGCUCGACUCACUGAUGAGGGCUCGGACUGCAGUCAGAGCCAUGGGUACCCUCAGGGAGGCAGCUGGUCUCCCUAGGUCUGGGCAGAGCAAUACUGAAGCUGAUGACGAGGAGGCCUGGAAUGAGAUGGCAGAUGAUGAUGCCACCAAACCUCCAAACCCAUGUCCUAAAACCCCAAACACUGGUUUUGAGAUGAGGCAUGAGGAUGAAGACCAGAUUUCAGAGCAGGACAUUUUUGAGGAUUUGCCUGGAGCCUUAUCAAACUGUGCUACAGAGGGUGUUUGCCACCCUUAUGACUGGGGGGAGGACAGUGAAAAUGAAAAUGAAGGUGAAAGGCAGUGGGGAAAUCCCCCCCAGGAACAGUGGGAAGAAUGUUCUUCUGAAGAGGACUUAGAAAAACUUAUUGACCAUCAAGGCCUGUACCUUGCGGAGAAGCCCUACAAGUGUGACAUGUGCGUGAAAAGCUUCAGUCGGAGCUCCCACUUCAUCGCCCACCAGCGGAUCCACACAGGUGAGAAGCCCUAUGCGUGCCUUGAAUGUGGGAAAAGCUUUAGUGACCGCUCUAACCUCAACACCCAUCAGAGAAUCCACACUGGAGAGAAGCCCUACACAUGCCUGGAAUGUGGGAAGAGCUUUAGUGACCACUCCAAUCUCGUCACCCACCAGAGAAUCCACACGGGGGAGAAGCCCUAUAAAUGUGGGGAAUGUUGGAAAAGCUUCAACCAGAGCUCAAACCUUCUGAAACAUCAGCGAAUCCACCUGGGAGGAAAUCCUGACCACUGUCGUGAGCCUGGGGACCACUUUGGCCAAAGCCCAUCCUUCGGUGCUCACUGGAGGAACUCUGCAGAGGAGCCAACUCCUGAACAACCUCAAAGUGCCAGGAAGAACUUGAAUCCUCCGGGACCGCAGAGCGCCAACUCAGGGGAAAAGCUUUACCAGUGUUCCGAAUGUGCAAGAACCUUCUCUAAGAGCUCUGCCCUCAUCAGUCACCAAAGAAUCCAUACGGGGGAGAAACCGUAUGAAUGUGCUGAAUGUGGGAAAAGCUUCAGUAAGAGCUCCACGCUGGCCAACCAUCAGCGAACCCACACUGGGGAGAAGCCGUAUAAGUGUGCGGACUGUGGGAAAUGCUUCAGCGAGCGCUCCAAGCUCAUCACGCACCAGCGAGUGCACACAGGGGAGAAGCCCUACAAAUGCCUCGAGUGUGGGAAAUUCUUCCGCGACCGCUCUAACCUCAUUACUCACCAGAGGAUUCACACGGGAGAGAAGCCUUAUAAGUGCAGAGAAUGUGGGAAAUGCUUUAACCAGAGCUCCAGUCUUAUCAUUCACCAGAGAAUCCACACUGGGGAGAAACCCUACAAGUGCAUGGAGUGCGGUAAAGACUUUAACAAUAGUUCCCACUUCAGCGCCCACCGGAGAACCCACACAGGAGGGAAGGCAUCGUAGGAGACACCUCCUCCCACAACAGAAGAGAUAAAUGUAUAUUUAAAUCCCCCAGAUGUAUGCUAGAAAGAAACGUUCCCAAUUUUUAAGUUUGGUGUAUACCCAGGGAAGUUAAAUCUUGAUAUAAUCCAGGUAAUUCGGAAGUGAAUUAUAAAUGCUAAGGAUCCAGAUUUGACGGCACUUUUCUUAAGUGUAAUUUGUUUUUCUCCUGUAAAAAACCCACACACAGUCCUCAGGCUGGGCUUAGAUUUGCUGUCAUGUAAGAGCUUUAUCAGUGUUUGAGCCAAACUGGUAACUUAGGGGAUUAGAGGUAAAUCAGUGGUCCUGAGCAGUGAUCCCAAACCUCGCCAUGCCUUCACACCGGCCACAUGUGCACGUGUCCUGUUGGCAUAUUGGCACGUUCUCACACAUGGUAGUUUUCAGUCGAGCGUAUCCUCACGGGAGAACUUUGAGCCUCUGGUGAGAGAGGGGGAUAAUUGAGAAUCAGUGGCCUAGAGCAGGCCACC